AUGGAGGCGAAAGGUCUUACGCUGACGAGAGCUAUUCUGAAACAGUUAUUAGAGGCAUUUUGCUUCAAAGAAAGAAACCAAAGAGCUUGGCUACUACAUGGCAGUCACAGCUCUGGACAAGAUCGGGGAGGGAAAAAUCAGAGCGCAAAGAUGCCUGAUUACAAGUACAUGACUGGAGAGAACCAGAUUUUCAUGAAUGAGAAGAUGCAGCUUAAGACUACGGUUAGGCUUGUGGUGAUAGGAGCGAGGUGGAUGGAGGGUUUUGAUAAAUCUACUCAAGGAGGAGCAUUCAUGUCGACUUCUCCUAAAGAGCUCGAGAAGCGACUUCUGGAAGCUGGGAAAGCUCUUCUUUACCCAUCACCACCUUCUUCUGUUGAUAAUCUUCUUCUUCUUCUCGACAAACUUUUCAUCUGCUUGUUAGAGGUGGAACAGUCACCUCCUAGCUCGAUUCAGAAUGCACUCUCUCCCUUGAAGAAAUCAUUAGUCGAUGAGAGACUCUUCAAGCAUUGGAAUGUCCAUGUGAGAGUCUCUGUCGUUUCCUGCAUCACUGAGGUUACAAGAAUAAAUGCUCCGUUUGCUCCAUAUGUUGAUGACCAGAUGAGGGAUGUAUUGCAGUUAAUUGUAUCAUCAUUUGAACAUCUAGAUGACAAAGAUAGUCUCUCCUAUACCAAAAGGACUUCCAUCCUUAACACUGUGGCUAAGUACGAAGUAUCUGUUCUGAUGUUGGAUCCUGUGUAUGAUUCUCCUUGUAUUGAGAUGUUCCACCAUUUUCUCAAGGCCAUAAGGGAUCAUCAUCCAGUGGAAGUCUUUUCAGAUAUGGAGAACAUUAUGACCCAUGUUUUAAAAGAAAGUGAUGAUAUACCUUCAAAGUUGCUUGCACCAAUUCUGCACUAUGUUGAAAAGACUGAUGAGGUUCUCCCAAUAUCACGGAGGUUAGCAGAAAAUGUUCUGAUAAACUGUUCUAACAAGUGCGAAACAUAUCUAGCUGAAGCAGUGAAAUCAUCAGGGGUUUCUUUAGAUAAGUAUAGUAAUGUGGUGGCUUUAAUAUGUGAAGGUGCAUUCAGUGAUAAACCAAAGAAGAAAGAUGAUAUGAAUUGGGUAGAUGGGUCUCAACAACUUGAUAAUGAGAAAACUGGUCGUCCUGUGAACCAGAAGCAAAAGGAAAGCUCGAUGGAGGCCAAACCAUAUGCUGCUAGUGCUUCUCAAGAAAUAAAUACGUUCGAAGCUAAAUUGACAAAGGAGUCUGGAAAUAAGAUAGCUUCUGCUAGUAAUGCCAAGCCUACUGCUCCUCCUACAAAGAGAAGCACCUCUGACAUAAAAGCAACGAAGAAGUCAGAGAAACCCACUUCUUUGGGUGAUAACAAAAAGACAAUCUUUUCCUCUGGAAAGUCAUCCUCAAAGUCAAAGACAGAAGUGAAGCAACCAUCAGAGAAAACUCUUGCUAAUACAAACGCAAAGAGGAAGCACAGCCUAGAUACAGAGAAAGCAUUUGAUGACCGAAAGUAUUAUAAAGGCGAAGUUACUUCAUAUGAUCCUUCGAGAAUGAGACAUACGGUUGUCUAUGAGGAUGGAGAUCAAGAAACUUUAUAUUUAAAAAAACAUAACUGGUUUCUUGUGGAUGCAUCAAAAUCAUCAAAGGAUAAACAGAAGGCUGCAAAAGUUUCUAACCGUGAGCAAACAGGUGCAGCUAAGAGGAGACUGAACCUCUCAGUUCCUCAUGAAGAGGAUCUUGCAGAAGCUGAGACUCCGGCACACAAGCGAGCUCGAGUCCAAAGCCACAGCCUCCAUAUAGCUCAUGGUGAGAUGGUGAAGCCAGCUGGAGAAGAGGAACCCUCUUGCUUAAAUCAAAAAUCCGCUCCUGAGCUGGGAGACUCUCAAACUUGCUCUAUCACACAUCAGUUGGGUAAGGUCAAACAGAGCAUCGCAGACACUAUAACCAGUGUAAGACGGUUUCGCUCUGAGGUCGAAACAAAGGAACAGAGUAUUGUUGACAUGUUAACCUGUGUUAGACAAUUUCGCUCUGAGCUCGAGACAAAGGAACAGAGCAUUGUAAACACUUUAAACAGUGUACAACAGUUCAGGUCUGAGAUGAAGAAAAAGGAAGAUAACCUAGUAGCUUCGCUGCAUGAAGUUGACGUGUUAC